CAAAAUCAACAAUCGUCUGACGUUUAUUGAAAAUGAUGAGAUGGCUACGAAGAGCGACAACAUUUCAGAAAAACUAGAAAAUUCAGUUGUGAAUAAUGAAAAUUCUAACGAGCCUUCCACGGAAAAUGUUGUCGUCAAUUUGCCUUUAGAUGAAGUCUAUAAAUUAGCACUAUGCUUUUAUAAAGAAAAAGAAGGAAAAGCUGUGCAUUUCAGCUAUGAAGAUAAACUGCAAUUAGUUGCUUUUUCACAACAAGUUUCACAUGGUCCUCUUGCUGAUGUUCUUCAUAAGCUACCAGUCUUAGGAGCUUUUGAUGUAGUUGGAAAGGAUAGAAGAUUAGCCUGGCAAAAAUUAGGAAAUUUAACAUCAGAUCAAGCUCGAUCAGGUUUUAUUGAUCUAUUAAGUCGAAGAUGUCCCCUUUUUACUACUUACAUAGAGGCACAUAGGAGGGAAAAAAAGGAAAGAGAGCGAAGAGAUCAAGAAAAUGAAAAGAGAAAACUGAUUGAACAAGAGGAGAAACUGAGAAAAGAACAAGAAGAAAGAAUAAUUCAAGAGCAAAAGGAAAAGGAAGAAGCUAUCAGGAGACAGAUUCAACAAGCUUUAAAUGCACAAACUUUUGAUCAAUUCAAGAAAUAUUCAGAACAACAAUUUCCAGGUGAUCCAGAAAAACAGGGAGCACUUAUAAGGCAGCUUCAAGAUCAGCAUUAUAUACAGUAUAUGCAGCAAUUACAGAGUGUGCAUCAUCAGAAACCUACUGUCAAUGAUGAAAAUUCCAAUAAUACUGCUGAAUUCAACCAAAAAAACACCAAUUGGGAAAAUGAUACUAAUGAAUCUAGUCAAAAUGUUGAAAAUGUACAACCAGCAAGUAUGUGGACUAGACAAGAUAUUGAUGCUUUCAAACAAACAGUAUCUGAAGCCGAAGGGGAUGGGGUAGUCCGCGUGGGACAUGGAGAAACUGUUACUGUUAGAGUGCCUACGCAUGCGAAUGCAACUAGGCUGUUCUGGGAAUUUGCUACAGAUCAUUAUGACAUAGGAUUUGGAAUUUAUUUCGAAUAUGGCACACCAACUAGUAGUCAAGUAUCAGUACAUGUAUCGGAAAGUGAUGAUGAAGAUUUAGAUGAGACUGAAGAUGAAAUUUAUGAUGAUGAUACUGUGCCGAAAGACCCAGAAAGGGGUCCUAUCCAUACAGAAAACAACGCUUCAAAACCAAUUCUGACAGAAAUUGUACCGGUAUAUAGAAGAGAUUGUCACAAUGAAGUGUAUGCCGGUUCUCAUCAAUAUCCAGGUGUUGGAGUCUACCUUUUGAAAUUUGAUAAUUCCUAUUCUGUCUGGAGAUCAAAAACGUUGUAUUACAGGGUUUAUUAUACACAGUAGCAGUGGCAACGCUGCAUAUUAAUGUAGUUUUAUGUACUACUUGAAUUCAGAUCAACAAUAUUAUGAGGCAUUCACAAUAUCUCAUAUCUAAUUGAGGAAGUUGAAAUCUGAUCUUAUGUUUUUAGUAUUGUGGGUAUUAAGAUGGUUUUAAAGUAUUAUUUUGUUUUCAUAGACGUUGCUUUUUCAAAUUUUUUAUAGGUAUAUUUAAGUUGAAAUACCAAAGUUUUUCUUUAUACAUUUUAUUUAUUUGAAGGUAUUCCAAAUGAAAUAUCACCAGACAUUCGAGUGGUUACCUCAUAUGUUGUAUGGUCUGUUAGAAUCUAAUAAGUGACACUAUUGAGGACUUCCUAUAGUGGUUGAGCAACAUUACAUGGAGGUUUUAAGUUAUAAUACUGCUGAUGAGAAAUGCUAAGAACUGUAGAUUUUUCCAUUCACGUCAAAAUCAAUUUUCUUUCAUAUAUUACUCUUCAACCUAAAAUUUACAGCAUUAUCACCAGAAACCUCUAGGUCAAGUUUUUGUAAGACCACUCCGUAUAUUUUUGUCACAGAUGAGUGCAAUUGUAAUAACUAAAAUUAAAAAUGCUUGUUAUUAUUUUGGAACCAUUGGUCAGUUAUGCAUGAACAUAAAUUCGUUUACUAUGUCUUGAAUUCUAGUACACAUUUAUUAAAGCUUGUGAAAUUUGUUUGCAUAUUUGAAUUUUAAUUCAACUGGAAUCUGUUUUAUCUUUUUUGUUGAAAUAUGAGUAUUCAUUGUA